AUGCCGUUGCCACCCGCUUUAGCAGCUCGUCUCGCUAAGCGUGGAAUUUUAAGUGCAAAUAAGACUGAUCAACACACAAUACAUGCUAGUGAAGAGAUCAUAGCCGAAGAUUAUGAUAACAGACCGGAAGAGUCAACGCUAAAAGAAAACUACUGGGAAGGAAUUGAAGGAGUUAACGUUGAUCCAAUUAAAGGGCACAAAGGUUGUCCCAAUAAAAGUAAUAUUUACCACGAAUGUUCAAAGUUCUGUGUUAAAACCUGGAAACAAGGUAAAGUUACGCCAAGUGAAAAUUAUUUAGAAAACAAGCGUAAACUCUUAGAACUUUGGCCUCUGCCAGUAGGAUGGGAGGAAAUUUAUGAUGAAGGAACGGGAUAUUACUAUUUCUGGAAUUUACAUAAUAAUUUGGUGUCAUGGUUACCACCUUCUCAUCCUCGAGCUUUUCCUAGUGAGAGUGCAGCCCAUUUAAGAGAAGAAAGAUUGUUGAAAGAAGGUGAUGAAAGUGACGACAGCAGUGACACUUCAGAUCAAGAAGUGCCCCAAAAACUCAAAAAGGAAAGAAAGAUUAAUAGAAAAGAACAGGAGCGCAAUAUUGUUCAUCAUAGAGAUAAGAAAAAACAUAGAGUUAAAGAUAACGAUUUGGAUCCAAUGGAUCCUGCGGCUUACUCUGACAUCCCCCGUGGGAACUGGACUGCUGGAUUGGAUGCUCAUGCUAAGACUGGAGUCGACACCACAGCUUCUGGUUGCUUAUAUCAAAUGAGGCCUUAUCCAGCACCUGGUGCUAUACUUGCUGCAAAUGCUGAAAAAAGUUUACCUUCCCCAACUUACAAUUAA